CUAAUGCUACUAUCCACAACAUAACGGUUUUAUUAUAUGGGUUUAAAAUGUUAAUACAAAAGGAAACUGAUGAACAAACGGGCAAAUGGAUUAUAUUUCUUUUAUGGAACAUUAUUCAAUUUUAUUCAUAUCAAUGGAGUCCUGAAUAUCUUUUAAAGGAAAGUGAAGCUGUAGUAUAUGCAGCAUAUCUUAUUCGUUUAAAACUGAUUGGUCAACACCCAAAAACUGACAAAAUUCUUCAUUUCCUAAUAAUGAGAGCACAAAAACCAAUUCAAUUAACUGCUGGUGGAUACUUAAAACUUUCCAUGGAAACCUUUGCCAACAUGAUUAAAAGUGCCAUUUCAGUGUUUACUCUUCUUCGUACAUCAAUCAUGUAA